CGGUCUGUUACGUUAGCAUCUUCAAUGUCACGUUUGUGGUGGUAGAUUUAGCUGAAUGUGGCUGCAUUUGUUUAAGAACCCUACAGAAGAUGUUCAAAUUUAACUGUUUAUUAGUUGGUUCUGUCGGUAACGUGUGUCGACAGCUGGCUGCCUCCCUGAGUGGGAAUGGAAGCUCCCUAUGUGGAAGCAGCGGCCUGAAGCGGACACUGUGUAGCAGCGCGGUCGGACUCCAGCAGACUUCACCCUCCCCGGACUCCGGGAAAGCGACCAAAGACUUCAGCCAUUUCCCUCCCCUGCCUGGUCAGGACAGCGCGCUGAGGUGGGCUGGGAAGAAGUUUGACGAGCUGCCCAUCGUUCACAUUAAAGCCACAUACAACAACACACACAUACAGCUGACGGACAGCGCGGGGCAGUCCAUGGUCAGGACGUCUUGCGGAACAGAAGGUUUCAAGAACAUCAAGAAGUCGACACCCAUCGCCGCUCAGACUGCGGGCAUUUCUGCUGCUUCGAAAGCCACAACGAAGGGAGUAACGUUUGUUCGAGUUCUGGUCCAAGGUCUUGGUCCUGGACGUCUGUCUGCGAUCAAAGGCUUGACAAUGGGAGGCCUGGAGGUGGUAUCGAUCACCGACAACACCCCCGUGCCACACAACGGCUGCCGCCCGCGCAAAGCCAGAAGGACGUGAUCUCCUUGUACCAGAGCGAGCAGCAGGAUGGAGAUGUUGUGUUGAAAUAUGCUAAUAAAGUGUUAAAUUGUGUAACUGCC